AUGGCUCGCUGGAAGUAUUACAUGUGUAUUGAGAAGCCGCAAGCCUACCCGACGGAGGGACCGCGCACUCAAUCCGACACAGAGAGAUCAUCACCGUUCAACACACAUUCUCUUCAGCGAUGUUACGGGUCAGUAUGGAGUCAAAAGAGAUUAUCCAGUCCCGAAAUCUCUGAAACGGUCGCGGAUUGGAGGACGAUAAGAUCGGAUGCGGCAAUGGCGAUCGGACCGAACCCUCCCCCGCACACCCGAUGA